UACAUACUUUUCAAACAAAAUGACAUGUACUACUUUAUAUUUAUUGCUUUUAUAUCUUUUGGCCAGUUUCGUGCAGAAAGAAAUGUGUAUAUUCUUAUCCUCUAAUGUACAAGAUGGCCGCACAUCCCCUUAACAGUGUAAUGGUUAGCCCAAUUACUGCACCGUAUUCUUAGCAAUCUCAACGCGAUAAAAGUCGCGAUAUUAAGGAGAGUUAGCUGGCUGACUCAUUGCUGAAAUUAAAGACAAAAUUAGAGCGAACUCGGUCUUAGUGCAAAAAAAAAUCAACCAAUGUGAAUUAGCAUAAUACAUGUAAACCACACCUGGUUAAACGCGAAAAUAAGGUCAGAUCAUGUAUAACAAUAAAUUCAACCUUUUUACAAGCAUAUACAUAAAUUCAAGUAGAAAGAAAUAAAAGGUGGAAAUUGAUGGUGUGAAUGUUAUUUAAAAACAUAUUUCACAAAACGAUAUUCUUCUCUAGUAAACAAAAUUCGAUAAGGGUAACAUAAUAUCAAGGCGUCACACGUAUUAAACCAUCCUUGUUUAUUCACAGCGCUAGCUGGUGCAAUAGUUGUGACCGAGCGAUUAAACGCAACCUAUUACAUAAUUAUAAGAAACACUGUAGGACACUUAUAAAACACAGAUUAUAUAAUAAUACCUGCAUAAAUUGCACAACUAAAACUUGUUACAUCAACUAUCAUUCAAGGUUUCUUAUUGAACUGAUUAUAUAACUUCUGAUAAAAAGAAAAAAAGAAAGAUGAAAUAUAAAAUGAUAGAAAGUACUCAAGAAUGUUAUUGAACAAAAUUAACAACACUGAGUAAAUUGACAAAUAAGUGCUCAUGUAGGCAUGAACUUUGUUUAUUUCGUAUACACAUACAUCCCUGUAGUGUCGCAGACAAUUGAAAGGUUCAGACACCACAUGGGUGUCCAUAUUUAUGCAACAGUGAAGAAACUGCAGAGCGAUGGAAUCUUCAACCAAUGCUCGGGACUUGGAGCAGAUUGUAAGGGAUGGACUUAGUACCCUGGUCUUUGUGUUUGGUCACAAAACUGGUAUAGUGGACGCCUUGACAAAACUUCAGCAGCCGUGUACUGCGGAAGAAUUGAGCCAAAAGGCAGGAAAAAAAUUGAGGAUUGUUUACAACAGAUACAUACAAGAAUGGCUAGGUUGUAUGGUUGCUGCUGGAAUAGUAACAAUCACAGAGGAUGACAAAUAUACACUUCCUCAUGACGAAGCUCAGCUGAAAAUAUGGGGCCACAAUGCAGCUGCUAUUCCGAUUCUCAGCGAGAUGAUUCCAAAACUUGAGGAGGUAACAACACUCGAUGGACCAAAAGGAUUUGGAUAUCACGAACCUUUUCUGCAAUGGGUUGACGUGCUUCGUUCAUCAGAAGCCCUACAGGACUGGAACCAACGGCUUCUUGUUCCAGUAAUGAACCUGAAACAGGGAGACGAGUUUAUGAUACUUGACAUAGGAUGUGGGUUUGGAAAGCAUUCCAUAGAAGUAGCAAAGCUAUAUCCAUGCUCUAAAAUAACUGCAAUAGACAUGGACCAGUUCUCUAUUGAUAAUGCCAAAAACGCAACCUCCAAAAGUGGGCUACAGAACAUAGAAUACCUAUGUAUGAAAGGAGGACAACUUCCAGAGGAGUGGGCAAACAAAUUUGAUUUCGUUAUAAUCAAAGGUGUUCUGCAUGAUUCCUACGAAGUUGAUGAGAUACUAAAAGGAAUCAAAAGGGUGCUUAAAUCUGAUGGAUUUGCGGCCGCUUACGACCCUGCGGUGUCUUCGUUUCACAAAAAUGUUAUCAACGACGCAACUGCGCAAUAUAAUUUGCCCUUCAGCUUAUUUUCAUGUCUCCCGGUGAGUAGCAUGGGUCCUAGUGAAGGACUUGGCAUUGGUUGGGGUUACGAACGCCGAAAACAGAAGAUCGAAGAACAUGGUUUCCGAGUUGUGCAGGUCGGAGAUAAAGAUAUUGAGACAAUACAAGAGGGCAUUGUAUUCCAGAAAAUGUAAAAUCCAAUAUGUUUUCCGGUUUUAGUAGCUUUGUUAAACUAUGUAAGCUGCAAAGAGUUUGAAAGUGCAGUGUUCAAAUCGAUAAACUUUUGAAUUAUCAA